ACAACAUGAUUCCAAUCACUUCACUCCUAAUUGUAUUAUUUAUUCCAACAUUUUCUGGUGGUGUAGAUUGGAAAUCAUUUAGGAACAACUAUGUGCCCAUAGAGCUGCCCCAAUUAAGGAUAAUCGGUGGCGACGAAGCAGUACCGCAUUCGUACCCAUUUGUUGUGGGCUUGGUCAUAAACGAAAACGCUUUUUGCGGUGGUACCCUUCUAACUAAAAAUUACGUGUUAACUGCCGCCCAUUGUGCCGUUGCGAUGUCAACAGUGGAAGUUAUACUGGGCGUGCACAAUAUUUAUAAAAACGAGUCGACUCAGGUUAGAAUGGAGGUAGAAAACAUAACGGUCCACGAGGACUUCGAUUCGGGGACUUAUCAAAAUGACAUUGCCGUUUUAAAAUUGAAAACUGAGGCGCCGAUAAAUGAUUUUAUACAAUUAGUCGAUUUUCCUGAACGGUCUCACGAGAACGACACACACAACAACGGUGGCGUUGUCGUUCUCGGCUGGGGAUUCACCGACGAGCAUGUGCCUGAAAAGUCUGAGGUUUUGAUGUACACUAACGUUACUGUUCUGGAUUUGGAAUCUUGCAGGUCAUUCUUCGGAAACAGUCCAGACCUAAUAAACGAAUUGAACAUCUGCACAACGGGUUACAGGAACAGAGGCACGUGCAAAGGCGACUCCGGAGGUCCCUUGAUCCUCGACAAAAAGCAAAUAGGAAUCACAUCCUUCGGUACCACCCUGUGCGAAAUUUGCUCCCCCUCCGUUUACACCAACGUCGCCAAGUACUACGACUGGCUGGACGAAAACACCGACCUGAAAAACCGCACGAGUGAAGGGGUGUUUGCCGCCCUUCCAGCUUUGGGGAGCGUCCUAGUUUUGGCCGUUUUGGCUCUUUGCCUGUAAAAAUAUUAUAAUGUUGAUUUUGAUUGAUUAUAACCGUAUUAAAUGUUACAAUAAGGUGCUUCAUUAUCGCCUGGAACGAAACUUGUUGCCAUGAAAAUGAUCAAAGGGAUGAUGAAUUUGUUUUUGGGGGUCGGCAGGCUCAUUGUUUACGACAUCAGCCGUCUGGAAAUCCUCGUUUAAGCCCGACGAAAUUUCGGACGGGCGCCAUGGGACUCCACUUUGUGUUAAAUUCAACUUUCGUAAACAUCUGUUCGUGAGUUAGCCGAUAUUCUACGUAUUAAUGCCCGUAAAACGAUUAUUACAAGUAAAGCCACUCAAACUGGACCGUUUUGUUGUGUUAUGGGGUUUAUUUCAUUACCAUUUUUAUGGGGGCAUAUCAACAUAAAAAUAUAAUUACGUCUUCAAAAUUACAUCAACAAGAACACUUUGU